AUGAUGGGACAAAUACUGGAGGAUGUGGUGGAUGGCCUCAGCACAGAGGAGCUGGAGUGUAAGAUAUGCUACUGUGCCUACAGCCUAUCUAGUCGGCGGCCUAAGGUGCUUGAAUGUUGCCAUCGCCUGUGUGCCAAGUGCCUGGCUAAAAUCCUUGACUUGGGAGAAUCCCCACCAAAUGCAGUUGUCUGCCCCUUCUGCCGUUACAUUACUGGCUUGCCCGGAGAAGCUGUGUCUAGUCUCCCUGACGACUACAACCUGGUGACAGCAUUAUCCCUCCAGGCUCGAAAUCAUCGGAACCUCCAGGAGAACCAGAGUGAGAUUCUACUCACCCCCAGGCACCUGAGCUCUCUGGUGGGUCACUCUUCCUCGGCUUCGCCUUCGUCCAUGCACAGCUCCAGGUAUGUGGUCAUCACCAUCAUGGAGCCACACCAGGAACCCAUGGUGGCCCCACGUGGCCCUCCAACAGGCAGGGAUUACCGUUCAGCCAGCCUGGACUCCAUGGCCUCCAUCACACAAAGGUGGAUGGUGUGGAAUUGUGCUGCCCUGCUGUGCCAGACCUCAGCCAGGGUCCUGGUGUGGCUCCUGGGGUUGCUGUAUUUCAGCUCCCUUCCUCUGGGUGUUUACUUGCUCAUCAUGCAGAAAACUACACUGGGAGUGCUGCUGGUCAGCCUGGUACCUGUGAGUCUGCUUAUGAUUAUGGUGUAUGGGCUUUGCCAAUGCCUGUGCCAUGAAUUCUGGGACUGUGUGCCACCGUAA